AUGUCGAACGAUUUGCUUGGGUCAAUUCUUAGUGAUAUGUCUACUCAAAACAACCAAAAAAAUUCGGCGACAUCGUCCGCCAACAAACCACCAAUCAUCUCCAAUCCAUCCAGUGGGGUCAAUUCUUUCAGAGAGACGUUCCGUAUUCCCAAAAGGCAAAAGGAUUCUGUAGAAGGCCCCGAAAAGAAAAAAAUAUUCGCCUCUGCAUCGUCGACAAAAGAUAGCUUUUUGACUAAACCGGAUGAAAUAGUACGCGUCAAUAUGUUUCCAUUGGAUAUUUCGGAUCUGUGUCCAAUUAUUGAACAAUAUCAUUUAGACAUCUUGAUCGAAAACAAAAAAGGAAAACAGGUAUCGGUAAACGACGAGAAGAAGGGAUACGGAGACAUUUCUCGAGUGAAGCGUCUGUGGGGCCUGAUGAAUAUCUGGAAACAUUUGCCGGAAAAGCGACCGGAUCUCUUUUCUAAUAUGAAAUAUCAUGAGUUUAUUUUUGACGGUGGAGCCACAUUCUAUGGCUCAGAAGGAAAAUAUCUUGGCGGAAACGAAGAAAGUGUAGAACUAAUGGUUCCCACUGAUAUUGAGCCUUCGAGACUUCAUGCAAUACAACAAAUUUCGAGAGGAGAAAUCAUAAAGAUUAUUAUAAAGAUUCAACGUGUUAAACCUGAUAUCGCAGCAAAGAUAAUCGCUCGAGGACCUCAAGCAUAUGAACGGCUAAACAGCGAUCAAUUGAUUCGCUUUCUGGAAUGCACGCUUUCGCAGAACCUUUACACAAGGGAUUUUUUCACAUUUGGAAGUUCUACAUUCCUCCGAACGAGCGAUUACAUUAAUGAUAGAUCAAACAAAGACAAAUCUUGCCAAAUGGACGACGAAGGAAUUGAAAUAAAAACGGGUUUCACAAAGUCUAUUCGUCUUUUAAACGGAUCCGAUGGAACUCCGACGUUUGUAGUCGUGAUUGACGUUCACCGCUCUGCUUUCUAUCAGGAAUCAAGUGUUCUAAAAUUGAUGGCAAAAUUGAUUAAAAACCGCGGUUCCCUGGGACGUCAUGGUAACUUCGAUACAUCAAAUGAGGACGGUGUUUAUCGUAUUCUUGAGCAAAUCAAGUCUAUCAAAUCAAGCGAUUUGCGGAAAAUACUUGAUCCUCUUAAAACUGUUGCGGUAUCACCAAAACAUUUAAAUUCGGGGAAACUCAACCUCUUCUAUAUAAUGGAUUUCGACUUUCGUGAUCAUGAUAAGAUUACGUUCCCGUUUACCAAAGACGGAGAUACGAAAAUGGUUACCGUUGAAGAAUAUUUUCUACGUACAAAAAAUAUUAAACUAAGAUACAAUUUUUUGCCAUUUGCAAUCGAACGCAAAAAAGAAUCGGUAUCAUUCCAUCCACUCGAACUCCUGGAAAUCGAACGUGGCCAGAGGGUGAAGCAAAAUCAUAUUCCUGCUUCAAUUACAAAGGAAUUGACAGGAAAAUUGUUGUUGCUUCCUGAAAAUCAUCUUGAACGUUACACCAGUAUUCUUCAAAAUUUUUUGAAAGUGGAAAAACAGAAAUCAGUCAAGAGUUAUGGAAUACGAGUCAAAUUAGCGCCAUUCCGGGUUCCAUCAAAGAUUUUGCCGCCGCCAACUCUUCGUGCAGAUAAUGAAACUUCAACGCCACGAAACGACACAAAUCAUCGUGUGAACGUUAUUUUGAAGAACAAAUUCGCCAGACCUGCUCAUAUCAAUAAAAUUGUUUUGGUACAUUUCGAGGGUGUUGAAAAAUUGGACAUGACGCGUUUUCGUGAUAAAUUAUUGAGCUGCUCGGAGCAUUACAAGAUUAAGAUCAACGAUAAAAAUUUCGACAUUGUGGCGUGUCAAGAAAAAGAUUUCGAUGGUCUCCGAAACUUAAUGGAAAAUGCGAAACAGGAAAAAGUGUCGAUAGUUCUUGGUGUGACAAAAGAGCAAAAACCGGAUGUUCAUGAUUAUAUGAAAUUGUUAGAAGCGGAAACAGGACAACAGACCUAUCAUUUGUGGUUGUCAACCAUUCGAAAAUGCCUUAUGGACAGUGGAAAUUCCGCUACCAUUGAUAAUGUGAUCCGAAAAUUAAAUGUAAAAGCUGGAGGUCUUAACUUUAUUGUGACCGUUCCAACAAAACGCAACAAUCAAGUUGUGUGCAAUGGAGAUUCAAAAGCAAUCAAUGACAAAUUUUUCAAAAACGUUAUGUUCGUGGGAUUCGAAUUCUCUCAUGCUGGGUCAACGUGUUUGUUUGACCGCCAGAACAAUGUCGUUUGCGGUACUCCGUCGGUUGUUGGAUUCACAUACAGUUUCGAAAAAUCCACCGAUCUGGGUGGGUUCCCGUGGCUCCAAGUUCCAAGAUCUCAUCAAUUGCAUUACCUUUCGAAGCAUUUUCCAGUUGGCGUGAUGAAUUAUUACAAACAAUGCAAAACACUUCCAUCUUGCAUCGUCAUCUAUCGAUCGGGAACGAGUGUUGGAGCUGAUGAAAAUGCCGAAGGGGAAUUGUGUCAGCUGUCACAGGGCAUCAAAAUGGAUCCAGAACUCCAAAAACGAAAUGGAGGAAAACCGUACACACCAAAAAUUGUGCACAUUGUAGUAAGCAAGAGGUGCAAACUUCGCCUUUUUCCGGAUAAGAUUACUGGCAAGAAACCGCAGGAACAAAAUGUUAGAUCUGGAACAAGCGUCGAUGGUGCUAUUUCAACGAAAGGAUUGCAGGAGUUCGUUUUAGUGUCACAGACAGGAUCUCUCGGAACAACUCGUCCAACCAAGUAUACAAUAGUGCGAAACGAUGCCAAGUGGACUCUGAAUGAAAUAGAACAUCUCACGUAUUUUCUUUCCUUCGGUCAUCAGGUCUCCUACGCUCCACCGGGAGUUCCUGCUAUAUUGUUUGCUGCCGAAAAUAUGGCAAAAAGAGGACUCAACAAUUUCAAGACUUCACAAAUGCUUCAAAAAAUAACAGAACUUGAUCGUGAAAAUGCAACGGAAGAUACAUCUGGAAAGAUGAUGGAAGCGUUGACGAGCAAAUUCGAGGCGAUUGACUUGCAAUGCAAGCAGUUUUGGGCUUAA